CAUGGGACUUUCCGGCGGGACCACAGCUCCUGCCCUGCACUCAUUUGGCCCAGGAUAUCCUGAUUUGCUGAGGAAGUCUUCCGAAGGAGGACGUCGGCCAUGUGGUGCCUCUGGGGUCUUCUUCUCUGCGAAGCACUCCUUCCCAUUGUGGUUAUCAGUGUCCAAGUGCUAAGCAAGGUGGGAGACUCAGUUCUGCUGGAUGCAGAGUGCCCUCCCGGCUUCCAAGUGCGGGAGGCCAUCUGGCGAUCUCUCUGGCCAUCAGAAGAGCUCCUGGCCACAUUUUUUCGGGGUUCCUUGGAGACUCUGUACCGCUCCCAAUUCCUGGGCCGAGUCCAGCUGCACGACAACCUCAGCCUGGAGCUUGGGCCCCUGAAAACUGAAGACAGCGGCAACUUUUCUCUGCUGAUGGUGGACACAGAGGGUCAAACCUGGACCCAGACCCUGUAUCUCAAGGUGUACGACACAGUACCCAAGCCCAUGGUUCAAGUGUUCACUGCUGCAACAGAAGAGACUCAAGCCCCCAAUACCUGCCAAGUCUUCUUGUCCUGCUGGGUCUCCAACAUCAGUGACAUAACCUAUAGCUGGCGACGGGAGAGGACAAUGGAUGUUGAUGCAGAGCUGCACAGCUUUUUCUCAAAUGGACAGCUGCUAAGUGUCUCACUGGGACUGGGAGACCAGGAUGUGGCCUAUACCUGCAUUGCCUCCAACCCUGUCAGCUGGGAUACGGCCACAGUCACUCCCUGGGAGAGCUGCCAUCACGAGGCAGCCUCCGGGAAGGCCUCCUACAAGGAUGUGCUGCUGGUGGCCGUGCCCAUCUUGCUCUUCCUGAUUCUAGCUGGUCUCCUUGGGGUAUGGCACCAUGGCCUCUGCUCAGGGAAGAAGAAGGAUGCUAGCACUGACAGGGUGGUUCUGGAGACGGAGAAUCCCCUCGUGUAAGGUACACCAUGAGGGACAGCGUAAACCGGCGCUUGGAUCAUGAUGCGAGGCUCUGCCCAGUCACAUGAUGCUCCACACCUGGAAACUUCCAGAAUCCUCAUAACUUCCGCAAGUCUCCCAUCUGCCACUAGAGAACAGCCAAGGAAGCCAUCACCCUGGUUCCAACCUCCUCCCCUCUCCCUUCUCUUCGCAAAUGCUGGAUCUUCUCUGGGCAAGGCGGACUGAGAAGUUGCUUCCAUAAGAGUCCGGAACAUUCUCUAGAAAACACAGAGACAUUGUCUAUCCAAGGCACCCAUGCUUCUAGCACUAUAUAGAAGGAAUUAUCUAUCAACAGACUGCCUCUAGGCCAGGUACUGGGCCCUAAAAGAUAUCAGAUGUUUGAACUAACCGGGAAAUUGAGCUAACCACUGCUAACUCCAACCCCAGCCCCUAGAGUCUGAGAUCCGUGUGUUCAAGAUGUUAUCAGAAUAAAAGUUACAGACUAAGGAAA